AUGCAGAACCAACAACAAGGAAAGUUAAAAGUCGUCGCUGGGUAUGCACUGGAAAAACGAUUAGGCUCGGGUUCGUUCGCUACUGUAUAUAAAGGCGUAAGAGUUCCAGCAUCGGCAGUGUCCGCAGUAUUAGCACCAUCAAGUAAUAACGAAGAGGAUUGCAUGGACUCUCCAUCGCAUCCUGAUGUGGUUGCCAUCAAGGCCAUAUCACGGACUUCGACAAAGCUGACGAAGAAAGUAUUGCAGAACCUUGAGGUUGAGAUAUCAAUCCUUCGGACUUACCAACACCCGAAUAUAGUUUGCAUGCACGAAGCACAUAAAACCGAGAAGCAUUUUUUCUUAAUUCUCGAGUAUUGCGGUGGUGGCGACGUGCAAGGACUCAUUCGGACGAGGAAGAGUGGAAGAUUAACAGAGCGGCUAACUCGACGUUUGAUGCGUGACUUGGCUUCAGGGCUGCGGUUUCUAUGGUCGCAAGAGCUCAUUCAUAGAGAUAUUAAACCAAUGAAUCUGCUGUUGACAGGAGCUCUACCGUUGGAUGAGAACGAUGAUCCCGAAAAGACAAAAGAGAGUGAAGAGCGUCGGUGGCAGAUUAACUUUCCAUCCGAUCAAUUCCGGUUAAAGAUUGCAGAUUUCGGAUUUGCACGUCACCUUCAAACAGCGUCGUUGGCAGAAACUCUUUGCGGCUCUCCUCUUUACAUGGCACCAGAAAUUUUACAACAUCAUAGAUACGAUGCAAAAGCAGACCUUUGGAGUGUCGGAACCGUCUUAUUUGAAAUGAUUGCUGGCCAUCCUCCUUUCAAUGGUGAUAAUCAUAUUGAUUUACUGCGAAAUAUUCAGACAAAGCCUGUUCGAUUACCUCCAAAUGUUCAAAUAUCAAACACAUGCGUGAAGCUCCUUCGUUUGCUACUAAAUCGAAAUCCAUUAAGUCGUGCUGGUUUCAAAGAAUUCUUUGAGUGCUGUGACGACUUUGUUGCUAUUGGGUGCGGAGGCGUGGAGAUUCAGAGUGCUGGAACUCGCCGAGUUGUCUCGAAGGACCUCGGCACCAUCCAGGAGGAUGAUGGGACUGCGAACAUUACAUGCUCAGAAAGCGUGAUGGCUGUUGCUACAAACCAAGAGCAGGUCAUGGAAGGGAUACCAAGCCAAAAUGAAAAUACCGCUCGGGUUGUGGCAUCUCCGGCAUUGCCCUCGCAAGAUGCAAGUCCAAACAUUGUAAACAUUGUCGACACAACAACAACAAACCAUGCACCCAUUCCAAACAGUGCAAAGAAGUUUUCUCCACUCACGCAGAGCCCACCAUCCCCUAUUCAUAUUAAUGUGCAUUCCAACAAUAAUGUCUAUGUUCCUUCAGUGGAUCAACCUCAGCAUCCUUGGGCACAAAACCAACAAGAAGCUGAAGUUUCUGAAAAAUAUGAUAUGUCACGCUCAGAUGAUAGUGGUUUUGUGAUGGUUGAGAUUGGGGUAGAUUCUCGGAAGGAUGUGAUAGAACCAAAUGGGGUUUCAAUGAAUUUAAUUGGUCAAAGAGGGCAUGUUCUUCCCACACAGCCUUCACCAAUGUACUACUUGAAUUCGCCAACGUCACUAGGGAAAGCAGUGUCCUCACGAAUAGGAAUGGGGGAGAGAAAAUCGUCGAAGGGUAUGCUAAGCACAAGUCCUGGCACUGGUGGGUUCCUGAUGGGCCUUUAUGGAAGGCAGAGGAUUGGAUACGACCAGACAACAGGAGAUGAUACGAACUUUGGAGAUCAAAUCGCAACUGUGAGCAAAAUGAUUGCUGCUUCCGAAGAUGUUGGGCGUAGAGCAGUGAGCGUGGCACACCUUGGUGAUUCUCGAGCAUACCUCGGAAUGCGCGCAAAGAGCUCAAACGAGGACGACGAUUCAUCCCUCCAUACCACAGCCCCAAUGGAAGCAGAAGAUGGAACUGGCACCAUUUCAGAAGAGUCUACUUUUGGAGAAGUCAUGACGGUUUCUCGAAGACGGUCUUCGUUAUCAACCGACAAGGUUAUGGCAAUUGCAGAGGAAGAAGAAAUGCCAUUCGCAAUAAGCCCCGAUGCACCGGCUGUUUCCCUCCCGUCUAGGUCGAACCACUCCACCCAAAGCAAAGGAAGCAGUAUGGUUUCGCUUCGCAAAGGAGGAGGCAGAUCAGAAAGUCAGAGCGUUAGAUUGCGUUUGGGGGAAGCGCUCUCUUGCUAUCUUAAAGCAUUAAAGAUGCUUAAAUCGGCAGUUGGAGCUACACAACGUGUGAGCAAAGACUUGGAAACAUUGUCAUCGCGAAGCGGCCGGAGUCCAAGUGAAUACGACAUUCCCAAACUGAGGAGGCAUUGCGAAGUGACGUCUACUUGGCUUCGAGGUCAAUUUUGUGGAGUUCUAGAGCGGGCUGAAUCUGCAAAUGCUGAGAUAUCAAAAAUGCAAUCGAAUGCCGGGGAUAAGCAACCAGCAAUUGCCACAAGUGUUGAAGAAUUGAUCUACAAUCAUGCAUUGGCAUCGGGCCGAGAUGGCGCCGUAAAGCAGCUACUUGGACAGAACGAAGCUGCUAGAACGUGCUACCGGUCAGCCGGGCUUCUUGUCGAAACUCUCCUCAUGGAGGCAGGCAUUGGUGCUGAUGAUCGAAGAAUCCUUGAAGGAUAUGUGGACGCAUUUGCGUCUAGAAUCAACGAACUUGAUAAGGCUAUGCUGAACCAGACUCGCAUGCUAGGAACUUCCCCAACCAACAUUGCUCAACGUGAAUCCGGUAUUGUAGGUCUGAUUGGACCUCCCACCACCUCUGUUCCUACUGGAUUUGCAGAUGCGCCACCUCCCCACUGA